GGACAGGGACUGGCGGGACGAGGAGGAAGAAGAAGACGCGGGGGAGGAGGAGGCCGUGGUGAUGGAGAAGGACGAGGAGGAAGACAAAGAGGAGGAGAAGGAUGAGGAGGAGGAGGAGGAGUAUGAAGAAGAAGAGGGCGAGGAGGAGGACCACGAGUAAGGGGAAAAUGACGGCGAGCAGGAGUACGAGGAUGAUGAAGAAAAAAGAGGAGGAGGAAGAAGAGGUGGAGAAAGAGGAGACUGCGGCGACGCAGCAGGAGGUGGGAGAGCAGGAAGAAGAAGACGAAGAGGAGGAGGAGGAGGAGAAGGAGGAAGAAGAAGUAGAGGAGGAGGACGAGGACUCCGAGAAGAACGACGACGCGGAGAAGGAGGAGGAGGAGGACAAAGAAAAACAGAAGAAGAGGAGGAAGAAGAAAGAAGAGGAGAAGGAAGAGGAGGAAGAAGAGGAGGGCCCAACGAUGGAGGAGGAGGAGGGGGUGGAGGAGGAGGCCACGACGUCUGAGGAGGAGGAAGAAGAAGAGGAGGAAGAAGAAGAGGAGGAGGAAGAAGAAGAGGAAGAGGAGAAGAAGGAGGACCAGAACGUGGAGGAGGAGAAGGAGGACCAGAACGUGGAGGAGGAGAAGAAGGAGGAUGGCAACGAGGAGGAGGACGAGGAGGAGGAAAAUGAAGAGGAGGAGGAUGAAGAGGAGGCGGAUGAGGAGAGGAGAAGCGAAAGGAGGAAAAUAGGAGAAGUGGAAGGAGGAGGAGGAGGAGGAGGGGGAGUUGGAGGAGGAAGGAGAGGAGGUGGACGAAGGGAAGGUGGCUUACUUGGCGUGGGCAAGCGAUGGCGUGUGGGGUUGCGGUCGUCGACGUUGGAGUUCGGUAAUGGCAACACCGAACUCCGACGACAGUGCGGGGGCUAAGACACAGAGGGGAGAAUGCCAGAGCCGCCAUAUUCAAAUUUUAAA